UAAUCGGAGAAAAGUUUGCAGAACAGUAGAAGAAUGUCUGUAGCAGGCUGUAGGGAAGUUGACUGUACUAUAGAACGCUAUAGAAGUUCAGUAGGUGUGAAUUACCAUCGAGAGGUAUAUUUGGUACAUUGGCACGAGACAGGCUAGCUGCGACAGUUUACUGUUAACGUACAAUUUGUUGCUGGAUACAUGAAAUCACAUACAAUGGAGCAUGUGUUGUUCUUUGCAGUAAUGUGGGCAUUUGUUUUUCCGAACGCAUUCUCUGUUCCUAUUGAAGACUGUGGAUCCAAAGUAGGAAGCUUUACAAAUGUUGCCAUAUCAUCGUGUAAAGGGACGGAUCCUGUUUGUAUUCUGAGAAAGAAAUCAAAUGUUACCUUGGAUAUUUUAUUUACUACAAAUGUUACUGAUAACUCUGUGAAGGCAGAGGUACACGGUAUUAUUCAGGGACUACCUAUACCAUGGCCUGUUCAGAAUCCAAAUGCUUGCCAGUCAAGUGGUCUAACGUGCCCUCUGGAGCCUGGAAAUAAAUACCAUUAUACAGCCACAUUUAGAAUCCUGCAGUCAUACCCCACAAUGCAUCUGCAAGUUAAAUGGGAACUGAAAAAUGAAAAUGGAGAUGAUAUUGUGUGUGCAUUGAUUCCUGUCAAGAUCAAGUGACAAUAUGGCCAUGAAUGUUCAGAGGGGGGUCAGCACCAGACUCAUCAUCCAUCCACUGAUGGCGAAUGUAUUUCAUUGAUUCCAAAACUGUGUUCUCUAAGAAUCAGACAAAUGUAAGAAUCUGUAUGGUUCUCUUAAAAUGUAAUUUUAUAUUCAAAUUAAUAAUUCUGAAACAUG